CAUAUUCGCUGACAAAAAUAAAUAUUUUAAAUUUUAUUGUAAAAAGUUAAAAAUGGCUUCCGAUAAAGGUCGCGAAUUAUUAUUUAAAAACAAAGGGAAAGAUUCAGAGGUCAUGAGAAGACAGCGAACUGAAAUUUCAGUAGAACUGAGAAAGAACAAAAGAGAUGAACAUCUCUUAAAAAAACGAAAUGUCCCUAAUUUGGAGAGUACGGAUUCGGAAGAUAAUGAGAAACCCGUCACUCAAUCGCUUGACAUGAUCGUUCAGAAUGCUUCCAGUGGAGAUCCUGAUAUCCAACUAAAUGCAGUUCAAUCAGCCAGAAAAUUAUUAUCGAGUGAUCGCAACCCCCCAAUUGAUGAUUUGAUAUCUUCUGGCAUUCUUCCAAUCCUGGUUAACUGCCUGGGUCGUUCCGAUAAUCCUUCAUUACAGUUUGAGGCUGCUUGGGCACUGACAAACAUAGCAUCUGGCACCUCCCUACAAACACAGGCUGUAGUCAAAGCAGGAGCAGUGCCAUUAUUUCUGAACUUACUUCAAUCAGCACAUCAGAAUGUAUGUGAACAAGCUGUCUGGGCUCUAGGGAACAUUAUUGGCGAUGGACCCCAGUGUAGAGACUAUGUGAUUGGAUUGGGCAUAGUGAAGCCAUUGAUUAAUUUCAUAAAUCCCCAUGUCACACUUUCCUUUCUCCGUAAUGUAACCUGGGUUAUAGUAAACCUUUGUCGUAAUAAGGAUCCACCCCCACCUGUCGAGAUGAUUCAAGAUAUCCUGCCUGCUCUCUUCUGCCUCAUCAGACACGAUGAUACCAAUAUCCUAGUCGACACGGUCUGGGCCCUAUCCUACCUGACAGACGGGGGCAAUGAUCAAAUUCAAAUGGUCAUCGACUCGGGUGUAGUACCCCUUAUGGUGCCACUGUUGAGUCACCAGGAGGUCAAAGUUCAAACAGCAGCCCUGAGAGCCCUGGGCAACAUAGUGACGGGCACAGACGAGCAGACCCAGGUCGUUCUCAACUGCGGGGCCCUCAUGUACUUCCAGAGCCUACUAACGCACCACAAAUCCAAAAUUAAUAAGGUAGGUUUUCUUGAAUCCAAGCUUAUAAAGGAGGCCGUCUGGUUCCUAUCUAACAUUACAGCUGGCAACCAGAGCCAAGUUCAGGCCGUUAUAGAUUCACAGUUGAUACCACUAAUCAUACAUCAUUUGGAGAAGAGUGAAUUUCAAACCCAAAAAGAAGCUGCUUGGGCUAUUAGUAAUCUAACCAUCAGUGGCAAAAAAGAUCAGGUAGCCUAUGUUGUUAACUGUGGAGUAAUUCCACCAUUGUGCAAUCUUCUGGCUGUGAAGGACACCCAGGUCAUACAGGUCGUGCUGGAUGGGUUGAAUAAUAUUUUGAAGAUGGCCGAAGAGGAUGUCGAGCGCAUCAGUACACUGAUUGAAGAGUGUGGAGGCCUCGACAAGUUAGAAGCACUUCAACACCAUGAGAAUGAGGAGAUCUACAAGCUGGCCUACGAAGUUCUUGAUAUUUACUUCGCCGGGGACGAGGACGAAGAUGUUGACAUAGCCCCACCAUCAACUUCAGAUGGUUUCAUGUUCAACAACAACAAUAAUAACAACAACCUGCCCGGUGGAGAUAAUAAAUUUAGGCUCUAGAAAAAUUAUUCUUAUUUUUUAUUAUUCUUCUUUUUAGUAUUUUACCGUUAUUAUUAUUAUUAUUUUUAAGUUCUUAUAUAACAAAUCUUUUCAUCAUUAUUUUGUUAUCAUUUUUCCAAUGUAAAAUUCAACAUUCAACUGAAUUGGUUUUUAUGUAUGAACUUUGUACUGAUAAGUGGAUAUUAUGCAUUCGUUAUGUAGAAGUAUCCAUUAAUCUAAUUAUAUUAUUAUUGUUAUUAAUGUACAGAUCUAAAUUUUGGUAAGUUUAUAGUUAUUAUUAUUAUUAUUAUUGCUGUUAUUAUUAUUGCAAUUAUUAUUUAUAACAUUUAUAAGCAUUGCAUGCAUAGUAUAUAUAUAUAUGUGUGUGUGUGUGUGUGUGUGUAUAAAACAUUUUUGUGUUUCAAUAAAAACAUUUUAUUUGGCUUAAAAGUUUCAUAAACAUACAAACCCACACAAUACAAUGCGUGCAUACAUACAAACUAGUGUACAAUGCAAUACGAUGCAUUGCAAUAUAUUGUAUAAUGAUCUUUUUUGAUGGCUUGUUUAAUGUUAGGAAAGAGAUGGCGAUGAUGAUAAGAAUGUAGCAAGCACAUAUAGAUAAUUAUUUCUCUUAAUUGUAAUCGUAAUUAUUAUUUUUUUUAGUUAUAUUCAGUUGAAGGAUUUUGAAAGUUGAGUUUUUUCAAUGCUACAGUAUUUAUGAAAUGAUUACAAUAAGAUUGCUUUCGGUUUUUCGUUGAGGUGAUGGUGGUGCUGAUGAUGAUGACAGUAAGCUUGUUGUUGGUUAUGAUGAUGAUGAUGAUGAUCAUAGUAUUUGUGGUCAAGAUGAUGAUGAUGGUGGUGAAGAAGAAAUGUUGACCUGCAUCAUCGCUUAUGUGUAUUUGAUUUAAUGUUUAAAAUCUUCAACUUAGCCAGUUUUCUAUCAUCAUCUUGUAGUUAUAUUUGAUGGAGAUAAUAUUGAGGCAGACUUGAAAUUCUAAAUUGACUUUUUAAUGAAAAAAUCAUCUCAAAUAAUUUGUUUUUAAUGAUUAAAUUUAUUCAAAUGCU